CUACGGCGCCGGUCGAGGCCCGAAAAUGGCCGUUUUUGCGCAACCGACUGCUCUCUCGGCUAGAAAAGAAAUAAUCAAUUGGUAGCAAGCUGGAAAUGUGAUGGUGUGUGCCGUCGUAUGGCUAAAUAUUGCUUUGUUGUAUUGAAGACAAGACACGCACUGUGUCUGUGACUACUCGUGGCUACCGGACUACGCUCCACUCAGCACUCGCACUCACCAGUCACCAGUCACCAGUCACCGACCUCCUGCCACCAGGAGCUAUGCUAAUGCAGGAUUGAUAUGAUGCAGCAGCUGCAGGAAAAGCUGCAUCUCAACCUGUUACAGCAGCAGCAACAAUCAAAUAAGAGGAGUCUGGAAGCUGUGCAGCAGCAACAGCAUCAGAUGGCGUUUCAGCAGCAACAACAGCAGCAGCAGCAGCUUGUUCACCAGCUGCAGCUGUCACAGAGGCAGUUUGUGCUGCAGCAUAGUAUUGGUCUGCAGCCAGCUGCGGCCGUUUUACAGCAGCAUGCCAAGAUGCAGCAUAUAGCUGGAGGGUUAGCCCAGGCGGAGAUGGUAUCGUUAUGGAAUAACUUUCAAGUUGAUGGAACGGACCUGGACCAGAAGCAAAUCGACAAAACAACGGCUGGUUUAAACGGAAUACUAGCUUCAAUGGGUAUAGGAAGAAGAGGAGCUGGUGGAGGAGGAGACUGUUUAAAUGGUAGCAGUGGCAGUACACCUCAGGAGGACACCAGCAGUUGUGCAGAUGCCAACCCAAGCUCCACCAAUAAAGUCCACCUACUCUUUGGUCACGGAGUAUGCAAAUGGCCCGGCUGUGAAACCGUCUGUGAUGAUAUACAAGCAUUUUUCAAGCACUUGAAUAAGGAGCACAACCUAGAUGAUAGAUCAACGGCACAAGCUAGAGUGCAGAUGCAAGUUGUCUCGCAACUCGAACUUCAACUGCAGAAGGAGCGGGAUCGACUACAAGCCAUGAUGCUACAUCUCCACAUGUCCAAGCAACAGAGUAACGUUGCUGCCAUUGAACAUGACAAGGAUCCAUCUAAAGCUCUAUGUUUAUCGAAGUUGAGUUCACCUCCACCUCCAGCUUACCUCACACAAGGUCAGUCUUGUCUAUCAGCGAAUAACUCGAUAGCCCAAGGCGGUACCCCAGGUCCUGGACCUGGACCUGGAACUGGACCUGGACCUGGGCCUGGACCAUUGCCAGGUUCAGUCAGAUCACCCGUGUCUUCCCUUCGUCCAUCAACACCUAGCCUCACCGUUCCUUCAAAACGAAGAAUAUGUGAGAAGUCAGCAUUAUCAUUGGCUGGAGGAUUACCAUACAUGUUGGAACGUGCUGGUUUGGAUGUUCAACAGGAAAUCCAAAGGAACCGUGAAUUUUACAAGAAUGCUGAUGUCAGACCUCCAUUUACCUACGCUUCUCUUAUCCGUCAGUCGAUAAUAGAGUCACCUGACAAACAGCUAACGCUCAAUGAAAUCUACAACUGGUUUCAAAAUACAUUCUGCUACUUCAGAAGGAACGCAGCAACAUGGAAGAACGCGAUCCGCACCAAUCUGUCUCUACACAAGUGUUUUGUGCGCUACGAGGAUGACUUUGGCUCGUUCUGGAUGGUAGAUGACGCCGAAUUCGUCAAGAGACGCCAUCUGUCACGUGGUCGACCACGGAAAUAUGACCCCACCCCAUCACCCACUCUACCCUACCUGUCCGCACAGGAUGCUCAAUCCGAAGAAAGCUUAUCAUUGGGGAAAAAUCCGAGAGUUUUUGCAGACUCAAUAAUUGCCAACAUUCAGGCACCGAUGGGAGAGAAUGCCUUUCCACAAUACAUCAGUACAACUCCUCCGCCACCACUACCUCCACCACUCAGGCCAGACAGUGGACCAUCCUCACCUUCACCAAAAAAGCUCAGGUUAUCUCAAGAAGAGGAAUUGCUCCGUCUUCAGCAAGAGAAUGGGACCCAUCCGUAUCAUCAUCAGCAGCAGCAACAUCACCAUCUUCAACAACAGGAGGAAAAUGAUCAAGAAGAAGUAGCUGAGGAUUUGUCAAUGGCACCUGAGGAAUCUCCAGCUGAUCACAAUGGAGCUGAAUCGUAACAGUGGGGCGUCAGUUGAAAUUUAUGUAAAAACAACUUUUCUAUCAUAUUAAUACUCUGUAAAUAUUACACCUGUAAAUAGAUGGAGAUCAAAUUCCAUCAGCUAAAUAAAUAUUGUGACAACUCGGUAGGCCUACUGGGUAUUGACUCUUGUACAGUUUCAUAUGUAUAAAUACAUGUACAGUUCUUGCCUAGAUUUAAAUAUGGCUGUGUGGAAGAGACAUAGUCUCAAUCUGUUUUAUCUCUUGAGUUAUGUCCAGUUUGAGUUUUCAUACGCUCACCGCAAUAGAUACCGUAUCAAAUGUUACCAUUUAUCGUAUUCUUGCCUUCCAGUAAUUCAUGGAAUUGUUGCUUUUUACAGUCUAGAUUAGCUAGGCUAUCCAACAGUAAUAAUCGAUUGCUGAUGAGACUGUUUUUUCAAGUCAUAAUAAUUAUAGUGCAUGAUAAUUUGAUUAUUUUGCUACAGUAGAACCCGGUAUAACGAAUCCGAAAACCACUUUUGUUUUCAAGACCCUUGAACCAACUUGUACAUAAUGUAAUUUAGAUGUAGCCUCGUUAAUAACACGUUGCCACUACGAUUUUUCUUCUUGAGAUUUCGUUGUACCGGCGAUAGUUUACUGCACAAGUGUAUAAUAUAUGGUUUAAUUGAUGCUACACACUUUCACACUCUUCUCCACCCUUCGCAGCAAUAAAUGAUUUAUUAUAGAAAAAUCAAAUGUUACCAUAAUCGGAUCAUUUAUCUCUUAUUUACAAGUUAUUCUUGCUAUUGAGAACUUUAUUUCGAUUAAAUGUAAUUGUAAUCUCUGAUAAUUGACGUGUAUAGUUUGAUAAUUUAAAAAUUAAACGCUGCAAUAUAGGUGUUAUAUUGGUGGUUAUCCAUUCAAAUAUUUAUGUUGGGUAAGCUGUCUUACCUACAUUUCUACAAGCCGUGUUUAAGUACAAUGGUUACAAAAGGAAACUUCUACGCAGACAAUAAGCCAGUAAAUCAUUCUAGAAUCUAGAGCCAUGUUGCAAUUAAUUUUGAUGCUGAGAAAGGUGACGUUCUAUUUUUAUUGAAGAUUUGUUCACUUCAAUUAUUGUCUCGUAUCAAUAUUUUGUCACAUGAACGUUUAUCAAAUUUAGUUAUAGGCCUAACACUUUAUUUAUAGGCCUAAGAUAAAAAUAAACUUAUUCUGAGAUGGGGAAAAGAUAUAGAAUUUGAAACAUUCAUUUAUAUACAUGAUUUGAAAACCGAAUCAUGAAUCUGUAAGCUAGCAAAGCUCUCUAUAGACCAUUAGAAGGUUAUGUUUAAUUUAAAAUGAGGGAUUUGAUCUAUUCGAUCAUGAAUUCAUUCCACAUUCUCCCUACACAUCCUCAUAAUGUUAUGCUAAUCAGAUCAUAGCAAAGUCUCUUAAUUAAAAUAGAAUUGAAACCGACGAAUUUAAUCCAUAACUAUUCAUUAGCAUUAGCAUUUUGUACCUGCAAAAACUGACAACUGAUAAUGUGGGUAACCAUGUAUAUAAAACAGAGUUUUUCCAUGAUGGGUGAUUGAAAAGUGUUUGCUGGUAUCAUAAAUAAACAGAAAAAAAAAUAAUUCGUCGUGAGUAAACAUUGCAGAUAAAUCAGAAAAAGUACAUUUCAACAACUAUUCCGCUUGAUCAUCCAAUCAUCCAUUAAAUGUCAAAAAGUAGAGUCCCUAUAUUGAGGUAUUCAACAUACACUGACGCUGGCAUAUUAAAAGUAUGCCUAUUUCAUGAAUUUCAAUGAAUAUGUAUGGACGUUUUGUUCCUCUGUUCUCUAUAAACAAUAUCUCUUGAAAUCUGCAAUUGAGAUUUUCGGGCAGGCUGGUCGAGUGGACUAAGGCGUUGCAAACCUUCAGUCUGCUAGCACUGCCUGGUCUUGGGUUUGAAUCCCGCUGGAAGAUAUGGAUGGUUAAUCAUAUCAUCUCAAAGCAAUGCACAGGUAUCAUCAUGCAUAGGUGAGAAGCCUGUAUCUUAUGUGGGUAACAGCAGCAAUAAAUACCCAGAGAAACUUAGAAAUCAGCCAGCAGAAAGUGCGCGUUCCAUUGAGAAUCAAACAUGAAAGAGCUCUUCUAGCAAAAUAUUUUAAACGAUGUUUCAAUGGAUACAUGGAUGAAAUCGACAUCAUGAUGUCAUAUGGAAGAUAAUUCCAUUAUUAUCAUUUAUCAGAGUCGAUUAUGGUUAUAGAAACGACUAUAAUUUGCAUUGCUUAGUCUUAUUAUAUUUAUAAAAUAGUGAAAUCUCGUUUAGAAUUUUAAAUGUCUCUGUAAAGCAAAUGGAAAGCCGUAUCCACUUAUUCUAUUUGUUUUAUUCCACAUGGUUUUUCUGCAAUAAUGACAAAGCACUGUAUAUUAUUUGUAAAAUUAUUGAAUCGAGGCUUUUGGUCCAUACUGCAAAAUUAUUCCAUCAUCAAUCCCACCUGAUCCAAUAGCAACUGGAAACUAUUGAAAUAGCAGGUCAACAUUUUCAAAAAUUACAUGGAAAUACAUUUGUGUACAGUAGUCACAAUAUACGUUUAUAUGAAUGACUCAGAUUAUCAAGUCAAAGAUUCAAACAAGGUGCACCUUCCAUAUUCAAUAUAGUGGUUAAAUAAUAUUUGGGAUUAUUCUAUAUUAUUUAAUCUCUUAAAUAUAUACUUCUUCAUACCAUACUCUUCAAAAACAGUUUCUAUUAAAAGAGUAAUGUAAGGUUAGAAGUUCUACUUCUGACUGGAGGCUCAUUCAGUAAAAAUACUUUUCACUAUACCGUAUUGAAUUUCUCUUUCGCGAGUAUGUGUACGGUAGGCCUAUGUCAUGGAUGGACAAAUCCAAUAUUAGCUCGACCCAUCUGCUAAUCUGCUAAUAUGAAUAGUAUGGACCAAAGUCUCUGAGCCACGAUGAAUACACGAUGCAAGCAAUAGUGACAAUCAGUUAAAAAAUUCAGUAAAUAAAUGUUAUUGUAAAAGUAUGUUGAUGACAUUAAAUGAUAAGUAAUGAGCAUUGUAUUUUCAUGUUUCUUUUCUCUAGUUGUAGCCUUCGAAGUCGUAUUUGUUGAAGGAGAUGAUGUGCCAAAUAUCUGUUAAUAAUACCCAACGAUGUUGUUGCUUCGCAAUAUUUGUCAAACGCUGAUUUUUUACAAAUAGAAGUUCGAAUAUUGUAUACUUACAUUUACCAAUCAUAUUUUAUAGAAUUUGUUCACAAAAAUAUACAUAUCGUAUUCUUAAUAUAAUUUUUGAACAUAGUAACUUUGCUCAUAAGGGGAAUAAAUAAUUAUAAUUGAUUAAUGUACCGGUAUGAAUCGAUCGAAUUGAGAUGGAAAUAUCUAUACGGUAUUGAAAUUGAAAUCAAACCUUUGCUCUGAUUGGAUGCAUAAUGCACAUGACCAUAAUAAUUCAUUAUUCUUCUAAUAGGAUGACAGUGAUUGACGCAUAUCUUGUUUUCAUAAGCAAUGAAAAUUGUAAAUUUUUUUCUUAUGCAAAUCAUAUAUGUUUAAUAUUGAGAAAGGACUUUGGAAAAAAGGUACCUACCUAUUAUCGAUUGAAUGCUACAAAAAAUAUUAUCAACGUAUAAUUAUGUAUAAAUUACUGCAUGUAUUUGUAAUAAUAUCAACGUUUCUCAAAAAUCUGUAGCAUUUACAGAGUUAAUUAACUUUCAAUUUUGUAGACGAUAUACUCAACUUCAAACUAAAAGAUAAUAUUUUUACACAUGCGAUAACACUGAAAAAUCAAGAAUAAUAAUAUAUAUUUUAUGAAAUACAGUGUUUAUUGUGAUCCAUUAGAGUAUUUGUUAACAUUCAAGCUGAUGAACUAGAAUUUUUUCAAUGUAUUUUAAACAGUUUGUCCUGAUAGUAUCCUCCUUCACGAUUAUGCAAAAUUUAUUAAUACAGAUAAACUUAUUGAGUAACAUCACAACGUCCUUGGUCAGUAAAACUUAUUGCAAUUACAUUAAAACAUUGAAAUUGGACAGGGAAAAUUUUAUAAUUUUAAAAAUAUUAUUCAGUUGAUAUCAAACUUUGAUACCGUAUUAAAAAAAAUAUUAAAUUAAUUUCAAGAUGCGCCAAUACUAACGAAUUCUUUAAAUUUUAUUUCCGUCCAUAAAGAUAGAAACUAUAACUUUUAAAAACUGUAUUGAAUUGAAUACUGUGAACUGUAGCAAUUGAAACUGCUGAGUAAUUAUCUAGAACUCGGAAUGGGAUUCAUCUCUAGAGAGAAAUUUUUCAAUUAUUUUAUUGUAUAAUUAUAAUAUAAAAUAAUAUAAUAUUAUUGCUAAGAUAUUAUUAUUUAUUUUAUAAUGGUUUAUUCUCUAAGUCGAACAAAUUGAUCAUUUUCUUAUUGCAACUAAAUCUCAUGCAGUGAAAAAAAACGUUGGUGCCAAUUUCCAUCCCUCUUAGCUAAUCUUUAAUUGCUUUAAUUCAGUAUUAUCAUGUAAAAAAUAUUAAUCAAAAACAUUCUGUCUCAUGAUACUUUGUUUUUACAUUAUUUGAAUUACUGUAUAUUUUAAAAUAAAUUAUUAAUAGAAAUUA